AUGGAACUUCUCUCAACGUUAGUCAAUCAAUAAGUCUAGGACUAUUACGGUAAGAGUUCUGGCUUGAACCAAGGGUUUUCAUCAGCUAGAGCAUUGGAACUUAAAAUAGUAAAAUACGAAGAAGAGGAGGUAGUGAACUACACUCAGUGCGUAUUCCCAGGGACUAGCAAUAUCUAUGUGGACUGUUGCACUGAUUCCUCUUAUAAGAUUUGCACAAUCAUAGCUGCCAUGUUUUUCGUGGUUUUUGCUGCCUAUAUAGUCAUAUUUGGAUACAUCGUGAAUAAAAAUCCCUGGAUUAAGAGACAUGGACUUUAUAUCAAUGUAUUCGUAUUCUAAUUGAUGGUUAUUAUCAUGAGAGGACUUUACUACUCAUUCUUUGGAAGAUCUAAAAACGAGAGUGUGAACACCUAUGUUGCUUUUAGAACUGCUCCAAUUGUAGUAUCAUUGAUCUCAAUGACUUCAUAUACCUUGCAUUUGGUGAUAUUGCUACAUCGACAUGGGACAGAUGGCACAUAAAAUUCAAAGAGAAACUAUCAAAUUAAAAUGCAUUUCGUUUUCUGGGGUAUAUUCUUAGUCUAUAUUGCCUUGUGGCUUUUAGUAUGGAGAGUGAGUGUUUCCUUCGAGGCUUUGUCGGCUAUGGAUGGAGUACUAUCUGUGUUCUAUGCUGUAUUUUUAAUUAUCUAAGUGCAGUUAGUGCGUAAACUCUAUGCUGUAUUGAAAAUCAAAAUGCCUCCAGUUGCAGAAGCAGCUUAAUGCCACAUAUUCCUUAUGAAAUUCAUAUUGGUUUUACACUUAGGCUUAAGAAUCGUAAUGAACUCGAUGUCUGACUCUUCCAAUAAAGAGCAAGCCACUACUGGACAGCAAAUAUCCUGGAUCUAUAUUCUAUUUGGAGAUGCAAUCACAGAGCUACUUUCAGCCUUUGGAAUGAUCAUCUUGAUUACCCUGACUUUCAAAUUUGACUCAAUGGCCAUUCAAUAUAAUCAAUAAUCUUGUAAGUAUUUUAAAUAAAGUGAACUCUAUAUAGAGAAAUAUGCUGCCAUGAACCCAGAUAAUGAUUAAGAGGAGGAGUUAGUUUCAGUUAAGAAGAAACCAGGAGUAAAGAGUACUAAAAAGCCAGUGGACGAUGAAUAUGACGAUGAAGAAGAUUCGCACGACAAUAAGAGACAAUACAGGAAGUGA